GUUCGCUACAGAUUGAUAUGCAUAGGCCAUACAUGUGUGGGUCUCCCUUUAAACUAAAACGAGGAGAGUAAAUCCACACUUGGUAGAGGAAUAUCUGCUGAAGAGAAAAAGAAUCUAAAGCAGGAGUUGAAGUCUUUAAGAAUGGAGGACAUAUCUUCAUUUAUGGAAUCUCUACCUUCUGAAUUCCGUACAAUAUUGCGCAUUGAGUAAUGACAGAAUCUCUCUCUUUCAAAAGUUUAUUUUAUUUGUCUGUUCUUUUCUGUGAAGUCCAACAGUUUCUAGAAGUCUCAAUUUUCCCUUCGACUCAUUGUUUAUGUUUCUUUCGUUUCAGUGGCCUUUUGAGGUCUUUAAUGAGAAAGUUGGGUGCUCCACGAGGGGUCCGGCUACUAACUUAUGCCAAAUAUGCAUUACAGGGUCUUUCUCCAAAGUUGAAUCCUGAUUCUGAUAAUGUAGUAAAAGUUGUCUUAGCCAGAUUCAAGACAAGCUUGAGUUACCUUCAAUUACGGCUGCUUCUGGAGAUACUGGAGUUGCUUUCUUGGAUGGACGAUGUUAGAAGUUCAUUCAUUAAAAGACUUAAAGACAUGCUCAUUUCUGCAGGUUAUUUUCUUAGGAAUACAUUUCCCUCUCCUGCCAUUGCCCCUUAAUUUUGUUGUAUACGAGUGGCCCCAGGUGUUGUAAUUUUGCUUACGAAUUUUAAGGAAAUUAAUAGAGAACUAUCCUAACACUUGUCCUUUGGAAUUCUGGUUACUACACAAACUUCAAAAGCUUGAAAUUACCAUCAAAUAACGAGUUAGGUUAACUCCUAAAGUCUUUCCAUCUGAAUUACCUUGGCUGGGUUGAAAAGGAAUGUGUCAUUGAAGGUGAAAUCAAACAGGGACAGUGCGUAUAUUGAUACUGCAUAUAGCAUGCUAGGUGAAGGCCAAUUUUUCAGCAAUAUGUAGACUCUGGCUCGACCUUUUUGUUUGUUUUGUUAUAGAAAGAGAUCUGUCUCAUCUCAGGGUAACAACCACCCUUACUGAAACUACAAAACAGUUGCAGUCGAUUAUGCGAUUGGGCAAGAGAAACUGCUUGUAAUUCUAGAGGCGUGG